GGUGUUCUCUUCACUGAAACGCGGAAGUCUCACAGUAACAACAAACGAGCUGGAGAAACGGUGACAAGUUGUGAGGUUAUAUACUAUAUCGGGAUGGUGAAUCUCGGGCUCACUAAAGUGGAUGACGGGGUUGUAGCAAAGCACCCGGGUCUGCAGCAGUACGCCGCCUGUCAGUCUUACGCGUUUAUGAAAGGCACAGCAAGCUUCAUACUGGGCACGGCCGGUUUAUUUUUUGCACAGCGAGCAAUUCAGAAAAGAAUCCCGUAUCCCCUUCAGUGGAACCUUCUAGUGUCUAUUGUUUCUUCCUCAGUGUUGAGCUAUGCAGUAACUCGCUGGGAAACCACGAAGUGCACAAACUUGUGGUUAUUUCUUGAGACGGGAAAUCUUCCUGACAGAAGCCCUCACAAGGAAGAACCACAAAGUCCUGCAGAUCCCAAAGUCACACAGUAUGGGGAUUGAUGGAUUGAGCUCAAACCUUUCUUUAAUAGUCCACAAGAAGACUUUUGAUUUAUUUCAAUGAAAUGCACUGAAUGGAAGAUUUUAGGAGGAUGUUUAACCUUUCAAAAAGUGAUUUUUGUUCCGGUUGUUUGUGUGUCAAUAAAUAAUUCAUAAUGAGAA